UUCCGCACAGUUUAUUUACCUGCAAUGAGGUUAUGUUUGACGGGCUCCCUAAUAUUUUUCAAUUUUAAAAUUCUUCAGUUAUGAAAAAUUCUAUAGUUAAUUUAGAAGCAGCCGGAACCAAUGAGGAAUCCGAUGAUAAUGAUGAAACGUCCAGCAUCGGAAGUACGAACACUGACAAUAACUCAUCCAGGAGCGCAACCCCAACCAACAGACGUAAAAAAGGAAGUCGAGGUCGUCAAAAAUCAAACAGUUUCAAACCCAUGAAAUUGCAGUAUAAAUUGACCUGCAGCAUCAAAGAAGACCAUGGACAGCCAAUUUUUGGUUGCCAAUUCAACCAUCUUCUGAAACCAAACGAACCAUUAAUCUUUGCCUCUGUUGGGAGUAAUAGAGUUUCCAUAUAUGAAUGCCCUGAGAAUAGUGGUGUCAAAUUACUUCAGUGUUAUGCUGAUCCCGAUAAUGAGGAGAAUUUCUACACAUGUGCCUGGUCUUACGAGCAAGAUACUGGACGGCCACUAUUAGCCGUAGCUGGAUCAAGAGGAGUCAUCCGAAUCAUUAGUCCCUUCACGCAAACUAGUAUCAAACAUUUCAUAGGUCAUGGUCAUGCAAUAAAUGAAGUGAAAUUCCACCCAAGAGACCCAAAUAUUCUUUUGUCGGUCUCAAAAGAUCACACUCUAAGACUUUGGAACAUCAAGACUGAUAUUUGCAUAGCGAUUUUCGGCGGUAUUGAAGGUCACCGCGAUGAAGUCCUUAGUGCGGAUUUCGAUAUCAAAGGUGAACGAAUUAUGUCCUGCGGAAUGGAUCAUUCUCUAAAAUUAUGGUGUCUGGAUAAAGAGGAAAUGCAGGACGCCAUGCAAGCUUCUUACACUUUUAAUAUCGCCCGAUCGCGAGGCCCGUUUGAUACUUUGAAAGAGCAUUUUCCAGAUUUCUCCACCCGAGAUAUUCACAGGAAUUAUGUCGACUGUGUACGGUGGUUUGGAGAUUUUGUCUUGUCAAAGUCUUGUGAAAAUUGCUUGGUUUGUUGGAAGCCAGGCAAAUUAGAAGAUACAAAGUUGAAAAAUAAUGAAACGAAUGUAUCCAUUAUCCACCGAUUUGAGUACAAAGAUUGUGAAAUAUGGUUUGUCCGUUUCUCCAUGGAUUAUAGUCAAAAAAUUUUAGCUCUUGGCAACACGAUAGGUCGGUGUUUCGUAUGGGAUCUGGAUGUAAGCAAUGCCAAUGAAGCCAAGUCUGUCACGCUGAGCCACCCACGGUGCACUUCAGCCAUAAGGCAGACGAGUCUCAGCAGAGAUGGCUCCACGCUGAUAUGUGUCUGUGAUGAUGGGACCAUCUGGCGCUGGGAUAAGACACUUCAGUAAAACCAGGGUCCCACUUUAGUUUAAGCUCACAAAAAUGUAAACUAAGACUUUGUAAGUAUCAAAGACUGUACCAUGAGACUUUCAUGCGAGCGGUUGAAGAUUUCACAUUCCUGAAACCACGGGCUAUUGAUGGUAUUGUCGUUUGGAAAAUCUUCAAAGAGGUUACACAUGGCGCGAAUGAAAUCGGCCAUCAGCCAUCCGCAGCUACAGAAGCUCAUCUGCAGUGUCUGUUAAACGAAAAUUGUAGAUUAAUUUUCUAAGAAUCAACUAUUAGCUGUAAAUUAACAAUUUUAUUGGAGUCAUAAGUCAAUCAAAUACUUGCACACUACGUCUGGAGAAGUAUUUAAAGUUUGCCGCAUACAACAGUUGCCUAGCAACUGAAAACAAAGUUAGAUGGUUUUUACCCUCAAGUGUAAAGGGAUAAAGAUUAUGGACAUCUUUUCUCAAGAAACUCGUACUCAGAUUAUUUGUUCUAAGAACUUAAAAACCAUACUACAGAACUUAUACUAUUUACAGGGUGAUCUAAAAUUUCCGCUCCACCAACAUUCCUAUAACUUUUGAGUGAAUUGAGAUAGGGACGCAAAAUUUUGUUAGCAUCCCCAAGGCAAGGGGAACGACUUUUAGAGACCCCCAAAACUUUAAAGGGACCACUCUGAAAGGUGGCAAGAACCUAAGGGUUGUACGGAUAGUGCAGGACUUUUUGAUCGAUCACUGUGUAUAAUUCUUUGCCAAGCAAAAAAAAUGUAAUCUGCCCUCUUUGAUUGAUUAUACCAACGGUCAUUGCUCAUGAAAAAUGUGCCUUGUGCUUCUCGAAAUCUUCAAGCUAUAGAUGAUUAGAAGACAUUCAAUUGUAUAAUUAAUUAUUAUUACAGAAAAUCUGCAAGGAAUGCCUUGAUUGUAAAUAAAUUUGUAAUUUUGUUUUAACCAUUUCAGUACACUUUCACAAUCAUGAUCGAUUUUCAAUGGUGAAUCAAAAGGAUUUUUUAAUGACUUGUCAGAUCAAUUUAAGUUCACGCCAACUCUGCUGUGCUAACGAUAAACGGCUUAGGAACAUCUGAAUGUUGAUACUUUUCCUCAUAUGAAAUAUUCAGUUUUUAGGAAAUUUUUGGAUAUUUUCUCCUGAAAUUUUCAGAUACUGUAUAUCAAACUGAGAAUGAAAUCAUCCGAAAAAGUGGGAGAAAAAUAUACACAAGUUUCCCGGAAAAUUCGUAUUUUAUCAUAGGAAAUGUAUCAACGUCUGAAGCCUCAUACAACGUUUUUCUUUAGCAUGGCAAAACUGGACUUCCUCAUGCAAUGAAAUUCUAUCUUCAGACAUUUUCAUUUCAGAAAAACCUCUUCUGUCUAUAAAAUAAUAAGCGCAAGAUCUCUGUCAACAAUCAAUUACUCACUGGGGGAAAAAAAUUUCUGCUCCAACAUAUUCAGGAUGUUAAAUAUCUUUGCAAUAACUCUGGAGUAUUGACAUGAACACUCUGGCUGUUCAUUCAAUAUUGAUAGAAUUGAGUGUGCAUAUUCGAAGUUGUCGCGUCGAUGUUUGACAUCUCCAGAGUCAAUCCAGCAAAUGUGAUAUUUUCAAUGGAGCUCUAAGAAAAACAAUCCUUGAAACCUCUUGCUGUGCUAUGAUGUUUUUGUUGUAGUCACCAAAGAAAACAUAAAAACACCAGAAAGCAAAUUAUGAGGGCGAAAUGGACAACUCAUUUUUGUUUGUGAACUGAUGCUAAGUUAAAGCAAGCACUGCCGUCUAUUUUAUGAUUCAUCUAGAAAAUUUACAUUUUAGCACUUUCAGCUGUACAAAUUUCAAUUAGGUUAUUUUAUUGAGUCCUGAUUGUACCUUGGUAUCUGUUAAGUGAUUUUGACCUGUACUGCCGAUUGAUUGUAUUUUUAUAAAAAAUUAUCUUGGUGGUUUUUUAAUUCUAAUCGUUAUUUGUGAUUAAAAGUGCGUGUGUGUGAUUAA